GAAGAAGAUGAUGAUGAGGAUGAUGAAGAAGAGUUUGAAGAUGAAGAAAUAGAUUCAGAUGAAGCCUUAGGAUCAGAUGAUGAUUAUGAUAUAUUAAAUUCAAAAUUUUCCCAAACGUUAAGAGAUAAAUCAAAGAGAAGAAAAUUACGAGAAAAGAAUAAAAAGUAUGGUAAGAGUUAUGAAGAAAGUUCAGAAGAGGAUGAAGAUGAAGGAUAUUCUAGUAUAGAUGAAAGUCAACUUGUGACACUUUCAGAAGCCUGGGAUAUGGAUGAAAAAGAUUUAAAACAAUCUAAGAAAUCAACCACUAAGAAUGAUAUAGUAUUAAAUGAUGAUGAUGAUGUGUGGGAAAGUGAAUCAUCUCCAGAUGAAGAUGAGGAUGAGGAUGAUGAAUCUGAAGAUGAUGAAGAAGUGGAUGAAGAUGAAGAUGACGAAGAAGAUAUCUUCAAGAAUGAUUCAGAAGAUAUUGAAGAUGAAGAUGGUAUCAACUUAUUAACUACUGUUUCCAAGCUUCAAUCAAGUUUAAAGAAACCAGAAAAGGAAAGAAGAAAAUUAGUAAGUGAAGCCACUGAUGAAAAUGAAUUCAACUUACCUACCAACGGUAACAAGCUUUCUCUUAAUGAUAUGCUUGCAGCUGUUGAUUCAUCCAUUUCAAAAGAUGCCAUUUUAAUCGAUGAUGAUUCCAAAGCUUUAUCUGCACCAUUACCCAAAAGAAUCCAACAAAGACAUGAUAGAGCUGUAGCGUAUGAAAUCACCAAAGAAGAAAUCAGUAAAUGGGAAGAUACCGUUCAACAAAAUAGACAAGCUGAAGUAUUAAAAUUCCCUCUUAAUCCAACUGUUAAACAUAAUGAUGCUGCCACUACUUUUAAAUCAGAUAAUGUUCCAACUACAGAAUUAGAAAAGAAAAUUAAUGAUGUAUUAAAGGAAUCUGCUUUGAUUGAUGAAAGAAAGGAAGCUACCUUUGAAGAAAUAGCCGUGGCUAAAUUAUCUCUUGAAGAUAUGCAAAAGAGAACUAAUGAAUUAAGAUUAAUGAGAGAAUUAAUGUUUAGAGAUGAAAAGAGAGCUCGUAGAAUUAAAAAGAUUAAAUCCAAACAAUUUCAUAAAAUAAAGAAGAAGGAAAGGUUAAGAGCUCAAGAAUUAGUAGAAGGGUCUGAUUUAGAAAGUGAUGGAGAAGAUCAUGAUAUGAAGAGAGCUCAAGAAAGAAUGUCUUUAAAACAUAAAACUCAAUCCAAUUGGGCUAAAACCAUGAUUAAAAGUGGGAUGUCUAAGGAUGCAUCUAGUAGAGCUGAAUUAGAAGAAAUGUUAAGACAAGGAGAAAAAUUAAGAUCAAAACAAUUAGGUCAUGAAGAAGGAGAUCAAAGUGAUGACGAUGUGAGUGAUAUUGAAAAAGAAUAUAAUAAUGAUAUUAAUAACGAUAGUAUUAAAAGUAAAUUAGGUAAAGGGGUAUUAGCUAUGGAUUUCAUGAAGAAUGCUGAAGAAAGAAAUAAACAAGAAAAUUUAAAACAAUUGGAAGAAUUAAGAAAAUUAGAAAUGGAUGGUGAUUUACAAGCAUUUGAAGAGAAUUCCGGUAUAGUUAAUAUAACCAAGAAUCAAGGGAGAAGAGUUUAUACCCCAAGUUCAAGUGGUAUGAAAGAUGAUAUUACUCAAUUGAAUGAAGAAUUAAGAGAAGAAAUUGAAGAUGAUGAAAGUAAGAAUUUAACUAAUAAAUUAAGUAAGAAAUUUAAUAUUAUUUCAAGUACGGUUACAUCCACCACAACUAAUAGUACCACCACCAAAGAUACUAUCAAAUCAGUACAAUCAGAAGUUGAUCAAGGUGAAGAAAUCAAUCCUUGGUUAACUGAAAAUUCAGAACCAAUUAAAAAAUCUCAUAAAAUCACUACUGUUGAUCAAGAUUCAUCUAAAUUAUCUAAAGCCGCUGCCAAGAUUGCUAAAAAGGCGUCUAAAAAACAUGGUAAAAAGACUGGUGAUGAUGAAUUAAUUGAUAUUGAUGAGACAUUGAAAGUCCUUACUACUCACCAAGGUCAAGAUUCUGAAAAUGAAGAAGAAGGAGAAGGUAUUUCUCAAGAUGAUUCUAAAAUGUUUAAACAAAAGGAAUUAAUAAAAGAAGCAUUUGCAGGUGAUGAUGUUGUUCAAGAAUUUGAAAUUGAAAAGAAAAGAGUAGCAAGAGAUGAAGAUGAUAAACAUGAAGAUGUGACCUUACCAGGAUGGGGAGAUUGGGCAGGAGGAUCCAAAAAGAAUAAAAAGAGAAAAGUUAUCCUUAAGAAGAUUGAUGGGGUAGUUCAACAGGAUAAGAGAAAAGAUAAACAUUUAAAGAAUGUGAUCAUAAAUGAAAAAGUGAAUAAAAAGAAUUUGAAAUAUCAAUCCAGUGAAGUUCCAUUCCCAUUUGAAUCUCGUGAACAAUAUGAAAGAUCAUUAAGAAUGCCCGUUGGUCAAGAAUGGACUUCAAGAGAAACUCAUCAAAAAUUAACCAUGCCUAGAAUCAUUACUAAACAAGGUACAGUUAUUGAUCCAUUAAAAGCCCCCUUUAAGUAAAGGUAGAUAAUUUUGCAUUCAUUUUGUACAUAUAUACAAUACAAAACAUUAAUAACAUAAGUCAUA